GCAUGGGACGUGGGUCGGCCGCGAUCCAGCCCGGGCGGAGCCGCAGCUGCGAGCCACAGCCUAGAGGCCGAGAAGCUCACAGCUAUGGGCUGGAGACCCGGGAGAGCUCGGGGGUCCCCGUUCCUGCUGCUGCUACUGCUGCUGCUGCUCUGGCCAGUGCCGGGCGCCGGGGUGCUUCAAGCUUCCAGUUUUGCUGGGGUCCCCAGAACCACCAAGUCACUGCUCCUGUAGGCCCCUCCCUGCCGAGUGGGCAGAAGAGGGCACUGGGGAUUGGACAUCUAGAUCUCGUCUUGAAGCCAGACAUGGGGUUGGUGGCCCUGGAGGCUGAAGGCCAGGAGCUCCUGCUUGAGCUGGAGAAGAACCACAGGCUGCUGGCCCCAGGAUACAUAGAAACCCACUACGGCCCAGAUGGGCGGCCAGUGGUACUGGCCCCCAAUCACAAGUGGCCUGAUCACCCUCAGCAGCAAUGCCAGCUAUUAUCUGCGACCCUGGCCACCCCGGGGCUCCAAGGACUUCUCAACCCACAAGAUCUUCCGGAUGGAGCAGCUGCUCACCUGGAAAGGAGCCUGUGGCCACAGAGAUCCUGGGGACAAAGCGGGCAUGGCCAGCCUUCCUGGGGCUCCCCAGAGCAGGGACAGGCGAGAAGCGCGCAGGACCUGGAGGUACCUGGAACUGUACAUUGUGGCAGACCACACCCUGUUCUUGACCCAGCAGCGAAACUUGAACCACACCAAACAGCGUCUCCUGGAAGUCGCCAACUACGUGGACCAGCUUCUCAGGACUCUGGACAUUCAGGUGGUGCUGACCGGUCUGGAAGUGUGGACCGAGCGGGACCUCAGCCGCGUCACGCAGGACGCCAACGCCACGCUCUGGGCCUUCCUGCAGUGGCGCCGGAGGCUGUGGGCGCAGCGGCCCCACGACUCCGCGCAGCUGCUCACGUGGGUGCCUCUGACCCGGACUCGGGUCCUGGGCGGGGCGGCCUCACCUCCCGGCCCUGCCCGGUCACUCCGCGUUCCGCCCCCAGGGGCCGCGCCUUCCAGGGCGCCACAGUGGGCCUGGCGCCCGUCGAGGGCAUGUGCCGCGCUGAGAGCUCGGGAGGCGUGAGCACGGACCACUCGGAGCUCCCCAUUGGCGCCGCAGCCACCAUGGCCCAUGAGAUCGGCCACAGCCUCGGCCUCAGCCACGACCUCGACGGCUGCUGCGUGGAGGCUGCGGCGGAGUCCGGAGGCUGCGUCAUGGCUGCGGCCACCGGUAGGCACCCGUUCCCGCGCGUGUUCAGCCCCUGCAGCCGCCGCCAGCUGCGCGCCUUCUUCCGCAAGGGGGGCGGCGCGUGCCUCUCUAAUGCCCCGGACCCCGGACUCCCCGUGCUGCCCGCGCGCUGCGGGAACGGCUUCGUGGAGGCGGGCGAGGAGUGUGACUGCGGCUCUGGCCAGGAGUGCCGCGACCUCUGCUGCUUUGCUCACAACUGCUCGCUGCGCCCGGGGGCCCAGUGCGCCCACGGGGACUGCUGCAUGCACUGCCUGCUGAAGCCGGCUGGAGCGCUGUGCCGCCAGGCCAUGGGCGACUGUGACCUCCCUGAGUUCUGCACGGGCAUCUCCUCCCACUGUCCCCCAGACGUUUACCUACUGGACGGCUCACCCUGCGCCAGGGGCAGUGGCUACUGCUGGGAUGGCGCAUGUCCCACGCUGGAGCAGCAGUGCCAGCAGCUCUGGGGGCCUGGCUCCCAUCCAGCCCCCGAGGCCUGUUUCCAGGUGGUGAACUCUGCGGGAGAUGCCCAUGGGAACUGCGGCCAGGACAGCAAGGGCCACUUCCUGCCCUGCGCAGGGAGGGAUGCCCUGUGUGGGAAGCUACAGUGCCAGGGCGGAAAGCCCAGCCUGCUCAUACAGCACAUGGUGCCAGUGGAUUCCACCGUUCACCUAGAUGGCCAUGAAGUGACCUGUCGGGGAGCACUGGCACUCCCUGGUGCCCAGCUGGACCUGCUUGGCCUGGGCAUGGUAGAACCAGGCACCCAGUGUGGACCUAGAAUGGUGUGCCAGAGUAGGCGCUGCGAGAACACCGCCUUCCAGGAGCUGCAUCGCUGCCUGACUGCCUGCCACAGCCAUGGGGUUUGCAAUAGCAACCAUAACUGCCACUGUGCUCCAGGCUGGGCUCCACCCUUCUGUGACAACCCAGGCUUUGGUGGCAGCACGGACAGCGGCCCUGUGCAGCCUGAAAACCGUGACACCUUCCUGCUGGCCAUGCUCCUCAGCGUCCUGCUGCCUCUGCUCCCAGGGGCUGGCCUGGCCUGGUGUUGCUACCGACUCCCAGGAGCCCAUCUGCAGCGAUGCAGCUGGGGCUGCAGGAGGGACCCUGCGUGCAGUGGGCCCAAGGAUGGCCCACACAGGGACCACCCCCUGGGCGGCGUUCACCCCAUGGAGUUGGGCCCCACAGCCACUGGACAGCCCUGGGCCCUGGGCCCCGAGAACUCUCAUGAGCCCAGCAGCCACCCUGAGAAGCCUGUGGCCCGCAGUCCCGCCUGACCCCCAAGAUCAAGUCCAGAUGCCAAGAUCCUGCCUCUGGUGAGAGGUAGCUCCUGAAAUGAACAGAUUUAAAGACAGGUGGCCACUGACAGCCACUCCAGGAACUUGAACUCCAGGGGCAGAGCUAGUGAAUCACUGGACUUCCAGCACCUUCAGGCAGCUUGGAAGUUUCUUCCCCGAGUAGAGCUUCGACCCACCCACUCCAGGAACCCAGAGCCACAUUAGAAGCUCCUGAGGGCAAGGGGACACUGCUGGGCAUACUCUCCAGCUCAAUAAUCCAUCAGUCUCAGAAGCAAAGGUCACACAGCCCCUGACCUCCUUCACCAAUGGAGGCUGGGUAGUGCUGGCCACCUGAAAGGAGCUCUGUCCUGGGAGCCCGGUGCAUCUCCUACAUGCAGUUUCCACAGACCCAGCUCUGUGGAGGGCAUGACUGCUGGCCAGAAGCUAGAGGUCCUGGGGCCCUAUGGUUUCACUGAGUUCCCACUGCCCUGGAGCCUGGCCCCUGCAAACAAACAUAAUUUUGGGGACCUUCCUUCCUGUUUCUUCCCACCUUGUCUUGUCCCUAGGUGGUUCCUCAGCCUCCACCCACAAUCCCAGUGCUGCACCUGAGGUUCUGGAGCUCAGAGUCUGACAGCCUCUCCCCCAUUCUGUGUAUGGGAGGGGACAGAGGGAACCAUUUAAGAAAAGAUACCAAAGUAGAAGUCAGAAGAAAGACACGUUGGCUAAGCAUGGUGGCUCAUGCCUAUGAGAGAAUCCCAGAACUUUGGGAGGCCGAGGUAGGAGGAUCACUAGAGACCAGGAGGUCCACACCAGCCGGGGCAACAUAGCAAGACCCUGUAUCUACAAAAAAAAAAAAUUAACAUUAACUGGGCGUGGUGGUGUGUACCUGUAGGCCUUGCUGCUCAGGAGGCUGAAGCAGGAGGAUCACUUGAGCCUGAGUUCAACAUUGCAGUGAGCUAUGAUGACACCACUGCACUCCAGCCUGGGUGACAGAGCAAGACCCUGUCUCUAAAAUAAAUUUUAGAAAGACAUAUU